ACAAACCGACAAAUAAUAUUAUAAAUAAAAUAAAUUUAUAAGACACAAUCCGCGCGAAGCGCGGAAAAAAUCUCUAGUAUUUUAUAAUAAUGAAGUUAAUCCAAAUGGGGAGAAGAGGGAAAGGCAUAAUGGAAAGAAAAUAGAAAAUAAGUUUUACAUUGACUUGGGCGUUUCCAAUACAUAUAGCAAUAAAUAUAUGUCUUCCACCUCUGAUAAUUUUUAGAACCAGAAAACACCUCUUCUUCUCUCUUCAAAAUCAAAACUAAUAUUCCUCAAACAAAACACAGAGUAGCUAUAAGGACCGAGAGAGAUCGUAGAGAGAUGGGAAGGGCUCCAUGUUGUGACAAAGCAAACGUCAAGAGAGGUCCAUGGUCUCCUGAAGAAGAUGCAAAGCUUAAAGAUUACAUAGAGAAACAAGGCACUGGUGGCAACUGGAUUGCUCUCCCUCACAAAGCUGGUUUAAGAAGAUGUGGGAAGAGUUGUAGACUGAGGUGGUUAAACUAUUUGAGGCCAAACAUAAGACAUGGAGAUUUCUCUGAGGAAGAAGACAAGAUUAUCUUCAGCCUCUUUUCCUCCAUUGGAAGCAGGUGGUCAGUAAUUGCAGCUCACCUGCAUGGUAGAACUGAUAACGACAUCAAGAACUAUUGGAACACUAAGCUCAAGAAGAAGCUCAUUGCCACUAUGGCUCCUCCACCACCUCAUCAUCUCUUAGCCAUUGCCUCAUCAUCAUCAUCACCAUCAUCAUCACACUACAACAUGACCAAUAGUCUUCCUCCGUAUAACCCAUCAAUAUCUACAAAUGAGCUGUUAACACCUCAUCAGGAGAUGAUGAUGACAAUGAUGGACCAACAACAACAACAACUAUUAUACCAAGAAGCCGUGGACAGUUUGGUAAAUUCUCCAAAUAGCAACAAGCUUAUAAUGAGCCAUCAAGAAGACAGCCGGGAGCAAAGUACAAACAAAGGAAUAAUGUUGUUGAGUGAUGUAAGAAGUGGGUCAAGUACAACAAGUACAGUAACAAGAGUGAAGAUGGAACAACAUGAUCAUCAUCAUGAAGAGAGAUCAAUGGAAGAUUAUGGAAUGGAGGAGAUCAAUCACUUAAUAAAUAGUAGUUGUACGAGUAGUAGUAGCAACAGCUUGUGGUUUGAUGAAAACAAGACCGAUGAUACGUUCAUGUUGUACUAUUGAUCUCUCUUACCAACAUUGACUCACUUCAUCUCUUUUCUCUUAAAAUUAAAAAUAAAUAAUUGAUUACUUGCUUUCUAAAGAGGAUUUUAAAAUGUUAUUCAUUAGUUCCAAUUUAUAAUUUAUUAUGAAUUGCCUUUAUGUUUUGUCAAACAUGUAGCUGUUAAAUGUGAUUCUUUUAGUGAUCAAGAAAGAAUUGUGCCAAACAGAUCGAUUUCUGUAUACAGCCAAUAUUCUUAUGAUAAUUAAGCUACAGUUACAUGUUUACCUUUUUGUCUCUUAAUAAUACGAUCGAUGCAUUAAUAGAGAGAUAAGGUUUGGAUUUAUCAGCCUGUAGCAAUUGUAACCAAGUGGGUACAUUAUAUGACUCAAGCUUCGGGACUUAAAAGCUAAUAUGGAGAUUACAUGUUGUUUACCAUGAAAUUUUCUUAUGGUAUCUAGUACCUACUUUGAAAAAGAGACACAAAAAUCUGCUCAUAUCAUAAUAAUCUCACCCCCUUUUGCAAAUAUUAAUCUUAGAUUAUUUUCCAUUUUUGUGAUAUAUAUAUAUCCUUAGACUAUAUAUAUUAGCUUUGAGAUUUCUUACAAAAUGGAAGUCUCAAAAUACGCACGAACUUAGAACCAAUGAUGGUUUGUUGUUCGAACUUGGUUUUAUCACCACCACCCACAACACUAUUAAGGGAUGUCAAUCUCAAGGUUAGUUCCAGUUCGAUGAGCAAUAAGUCAACAUAUAUGUCAAUUUGUUUGCUUACCAAAUAACUACUUUUUACAGAAUCAAUCAAACAACUUUGUUAAAACAAAUUUCAAAAUAUUACAGCUUUUUACCAAUAACGACUAUCUAUCCACAUCAAAUCAAUAUAAUGAAUCUAGCAAAAUAAACUUUUCAAAUAAUUUCCAACUAGUCCGCGAACAUACUAAAAGAGAUAUGAAGAGUCUGUGAACAGUUGUGCAAACAACAUGAGAUGAUUUAUGAUUAUGUAUGUUAGUAUGCCAUAUUAUAUAUAUGGAUACACUUGUUAUUAGUUUAACUUAGUUUAUUAUCAUUUUACAGCUAUCAGAUGAUAACAUUUUAUUGUAAGGUAUAAUUUCGCUUUAUAAAAUAUCAGUGUAUUUGGUAUGCUACUUUGUAUUGUUCCUCUCACCCUCAUUAGGCAAUCUCAAAUCUUAUCAAUAAACACAAAAUAAAACACAUGCAAACACUAUUCCCACUUGUAUUUCUUUAAUGUGAUACUUUUUUUUAGUUUCACGCUCUCUGCUUAUCAAAGACCAACUAUAUAUAUGUGUGUUAUAAUCAUAUCCCUCAUCAUCAUCUAUCAUAUAGGGGAUUUGAAAUUUAUAUGCACGCCAAAAAUGUCUAAAUCACACUAAUUUAAAAAUUACAGACUUUAAGAGGUAAAUCAUAUUCCUCCAUCGAAACUGGUCAAAGAUAUAUAGUAUGAAAACAUUAGAAACACUAUAUAUAAA